UGCUCCUUUCUUUCUUUCUUUUUUUUUAUCAUCAUCUUAAUAAGUAGAAUUUUUUUUGGGUAGCGUCCUGACAAAAGUCCGCACCUUCAGAAUCUCCCACGCCAAGAUGCUCUCUGCUCUUCUUCUUCUUCAAUAGCUCGUCUCGUUGAGAGAAGCAGCAGCUAGUGACUCUUGAGACUUUUUGUUACUCUCUCUCUCUAGAAUUGGAUAUGGCCUCUGCUUCUUGUUCUUUUGCUUGCGUUCCUGCUCCCUCUUUUGGAUUGGGAAGCAAAGAGACGGUGAUGGUUUCGAUGAAACCCUCGCGGGGAUUCUCGAUUCGGUCGGCGCUGGACACUAAGGUCUCAGAUAUGGGUGUUAAUGCUCCAAAAGGAUUGUUUCCACCAGAGCCUGAGCAUUAUAGAGGGCCAAAGCUUAAAGUUGCUAUAAUUGGUGCUGGGCUUGCUGGCAUGUCUACUGCAGUGGAACUUCUGGAUCAAGGGCAUGAGGUCAACAUAUAUGAAUCAAGACAAUUUAUUGGUGGUAAAGUUGGUUCAUUUGUGGACAAACGCGGAAACCAUAUUGAGAUGGGACUCCACGUGUUCUUUGGUUGCUAUAACAAUCUUUUCCGACUUAUGAAAAAGGUUGGUGCAGACGAAAAUUUACUGGUCAAGGAUCACACUCACACCUUUGUAAAUCGAGGAGGAGAAAUUGGUGAACUUGAUUUUCGAUUUCCAGUGGGUGCACCAAUACAUGGUAUUCGUGCAUUUCUAUCAACCAAUCAACUUAAGCCUUAUGAUAAAGCAAGGAAUGCUGUGGCUCUUGCUUUAAGCCCAGUUGUACGGGCUCUUGUCGAUCCGGAUGGUGCAAUGCAGGACAUAAGGAACUUAGAUGAUAUCAGCUUUUCCGACUGGUUCAUGUCCAAAGGUGGUACCCGUAUGAGCAUCCAAAGAAUGUGGGACCCUGUUGCUUAUGCCCUCGGAUUUAUCGACUGUGAUAAUAUUAGUGCCCGUUGUAUGCUUACUAUAUUCUCUCUCUUUGCUACCAAGACGGAGGCUUCUCUAUUACGAAUGCUGAAGGGUUCACCUGAUGUUUUCUUAAGUGGCCCAAUAAGAAAGUAUAUUACAGAUAAAGGAGGAAGGUUUCACUUAAGGUGGGGCUGCAGAGAGAUACUUUACGAGAAAUCACCUAAUGGAGAUACAUAUGUCACAGGAAUCGCAAUGUCUAAGGCUACAAAUAAAAAAAUUGUGAAAGCUGAUGUGUAUGUUGCAGCGUGUGAUGUCCCUGGAAUAAAAAGAUUGAUCCCAUCUCAGUGGAGAAAGUGGGAUCUCUUCGAGAACCUCUAUAAACUAGUUGGAGUUCCAGUUGUCACUGUACAGCUUAGAUAUGAUGGCUGGGUCACAGAGUUGCAAGAUCUGGAAAAAUCAAGGCAACUGAGAAGAGCAGUAGGAUUAGAUAAUCUUCUUUAUACUCCAGAUGCAGACUUCUCUUGUUUUGCUGAUCUUGCACUCACAUCACCUGAAGAUUAUUAUAUUGAAGGACAAGGUUCCCUCAUCCAGGCUGUUCUCACUCCUGGGGAUCCCUACAUGCCCUUGCCUAACAAGGAAAUUAUAGAAAGAGUUCAGAAACAGGUUUUGGAUUUAUUUCCGUCGUCCCAAGGUUUGGAAGUUCUUUGGUCUUCAGUGGUUAAAAUUGGACAAUCUCUUUACCGUGAAGGACCAGGAAAGGACCCAUUUAGACCUGAUCAAAAGACCCCAGUGAAAAACUUCUUCCUUGCCGGUUCAUACACCAAGCAGGACUAUAUUGAUAGUAUGGAAGGAGCAACUCUAUCUGGUAGACAAGCGGCUGCCUAUAUCUGCAGUGCUGGGGAAGAACUCGCAGCUCUGCGCAAGCAAAUUGCUGCACUUCAUCCUGAACAAGAACCAAACACUAAAGAUUCGAACACAUCAGAUGAGAUACGUUCAGGCAUAUGGCAUAAUGGCAACGGGAAUAACUAGAUGUAGAGUCCUGAAAGCAGAGCACAUUAUGUGACAAUUUUGUUGCUUGGAAUUAUAUUGCAAGAAGUGUUUCAUUACGAAAAAGAGAAGCAAGAACAAAGAAGGCAGAUAGGAGGUCUCUAUUGUGAUUAUUGCGCCAUGUAAGAUUGAAUUUACAUAUAGUUAUUGAAUUCGGAAAUAUAUUUAUAUGCACUUUUGUCUUCAGAAA